AAAUAACGCUCAUUAAGUUAUCGGAAAAUCCGAAGUCUUUAAGUCAAAUGAAAGUAUAAAUGGAAUGAGCUUUUCUGGUCUCUCAAUAUUGUUUUUCUUACGCUACAAUCAUGAAGUCCUAUUUCGUUGUGUUCCUCGUCUUCUCGAUUAUAAUCAAUGCUUUAGCCCUUAAGAUCGACUUCAACCACAAAGAACCCAGACACAAGGAUUGCAUCGGUCAUCUUUUCGGUGCUGGUCAAAUUGCUCUACUAAAUCGUGGAGAUCAUGUGGAUCCAUUUUGUCCGGAAUAUUCCAGACACCUCAAAUGCAUCUGGAAACAAAUGGGUGUUAUGAACGAAGAAGGUAUCCUCCAAGAAGGGGUGAUAGUGGAAAAAAUUGACGAGUUGUCCAACGGCGAUCAGAAUGAUAUAAAAAAGGCGAAAGGAUGCAUCGUUCAGAAGAAGACUCAAGAGAAGACUGCCAACGAUUUUUACAAUUGUAUCCAUCUGCUUGUGAAGAAAUAUAACACUUGAAUAAAUU